AUGUCUAGAGAAGUGGCAUCUGAACCUCUCAGAAGAGUAACGCAUUUCAUUUUGAACUUUUACGGACCCUCUUGGUUCAAAAUUAAAUCAAAUUCUUCUUGCCGAAAUGGUGCUAACAACUUCUUUUACUUAGUUCAGUUGUUUCGGGAACUUGAUGCCUUAUAUCAGGCUGUGGUUCGUCCAGUUCUCAAAAAUAACUGCUACUUUGCGCAUGCUGAAAACAUUCUCUUAGCUGCAGCAAUAGAGAGAACAAUUAAAGACGUUAGCGCUGCCAGCUGUAAAGUUUAUGGGAGAAAGUCCCGUCAUGGCAUGGUGUUACAGAGUAAGAAAUCCAGAUUAGAGAUACCAAAAAUAGACAGCAAGAAAGAUUUUGUUAACAGUUAG